CCAGGCUCUGACAAUAGAACAGGAAUUUGGAGACCACUGCCCUGGCCUGGCUUGCAGGAUCAAGGGGCUUUGGCUAGAGCCACUACCUGUAGAGCUCCUUCCCCUCCUGGUCUGACUGGCAGAUCAGGUCCCAGUCUCUCCAGGUAAACACUCAAGGCAAAGAAUGAUAAGUGUGCCCUUUCUUCCUGCCUUCCAGCUUGCACGAGCCACUGUUCGUGAUCCCAAGACAGGUGUGCUCACUGUCGCCAGCUACAGGGUUUCCAAAAGCUCCUGGCUGGAGGAGGACGAUGACCCUGUUGUGGCUCGGGUGAAUCUGCGGAUGCAGCAUAUCACAGGGCUAACAGUGAAGACUGCAGAAUUGUUGCAGGUUGCUAAUUAUGGAAUGGGAGGACAGUACGAGCCACAUUUUGACUUCUCCAGGAAAGAUGAGCAAGAUGCUUUCAAGCGUUUAGGGACGGGGAAUCGUGUGGCCACGUUCUUAAACUACAUGAGUGAUGUAGAAGCUGGUGGUGCCACCGUCUUUCCUGAUCUGGGGGCUGCAAUUUGGCCUAAGAAGGGCACAGCUGUAUUCUGGUACAACCUCCUGCGGAGUGGGGAAGGUGACUACCGAACAAGACAUGCUGCCUGCCCCGUGCUUGUGGGCUGCAAGUGGGUCUCCAAUAAGUGGUUCCAUGAACGAGGACAGGAAUUCUUGAGGCCGUGUGGAUCGACAGAAGUUGACUGACAUCAUUUUCUGCCCUUCGCCUUCCUGGCCCCACAGUCCGUGUUGUCUUCAAGUUCAAUGUGACAGACUCCUGUCUAUGUUCCAGUCCCAUCAGGCGGGUCUCUGGAGGCGUGAAUGUUUUGUAUGGAGUAGAGAGUGGACUAGGGAAGGUCCUGGAUGACCUGGGUCCCAGCCUCUCUGGCCAGCCUAUGCUAUCUCUGGACGCUCGGGUAGGGAUGGAGUAGAGUCAGGUGGUCUGCACCUAGCAAGGUGCUUUUGUACCUCAGAUGCUUUAGGUGUGAGAUGUUUCAGUGAACCAAAGUUCUGAUACCUUGUUUACAUGCUUGUUUUUAUGGAAUUUCUAUUAAUGUGGCUUUAACCAAAAAUAAAAUGUCCCUGCCAGAAGCCUUAAA